GGUGACUCAACUCAGUUAUCUGGUCCAUUGUUCAUUGAUACUAGAUACCGGUCCUGUUGUGGUGGCGAGUUUGGGCCUUGUCGAGGCGCAGACAUCCACGAUGGGAGGUAAAGUCUCUCACCUGAAUAUCGCCCCGACUUUCACGCCACCAGUGUACAAGGAUUUGGUAACAUUCGCUCUGGAUGACCGACCAGUGGCAUAUGACAACCAGCGUCCUCUGUAUGUCGAUGCCGAAAACCCAGCGUGGGCUUUGAAUGGUCGCCAAGUCCGACUGCUUGUGCGUUCCUUAAUUGCCGGGCUGAGACAUGCCGGUAAUGUUGAAUCUGGAGACUGUGUUUUGGUUAACUUGCCAAAUAACGUGCUCUAUUCGGCCAUCUUUUAUAGCAUUAUUGGAGCAGGCGGCGUCUACAUGGGAAUCAAUCCAUCAAGCCAACGUGCCGAGCUAGACCACUUUCUGGGUCUCGCCAAUCCAAAGCUGAUCAUCACGACGCAAAAGGGACUGGCUUUGCUCACAGAGACGGCACGGGCAAAAGGGAUCCCAGAGAGUCGUAUCUGUGUCUUAGAUGACUUUGCUAUAUCCCGUAUUUCGUCGUUUAUGUCUUCACGGCCGUCUACGCCUAUCAACAAACCAGACAAUGAGGAACGACUUUUCAUCCAGAGGCCCUCUCAUAUGAACUUCUCCAGCCUCUUGGAUUAUGGCGAAGAGGACUGGGUUAGAUUCGAUGACAAGGAACGCUCAGUCAACACCGCUGCGGCAAUGUUCACCACGAGUGGCACCGGAGGUCUUCCCAAAGGGGCAAUUCUUUCGCAUCACUCAAUCAUUAUGCAUCAUCUGAGCCUCCACUAUGAGACACCAUACGAAACAUCCCGACUCCUAUCUAUACCCAUGUUUCAUCUAUUUGGCGCGUUGUUUACUCACCUCUUCCCUACGCGCUACGGUGAAACCUGUUACAUCCUACCGCGGUUCGACGUCGCACAAUUUUUGCAUACGGUUUACUUUUACAAAAUUACCGAGACCUUUAUGGUUCCUGCUAUGGUCCAGGCACUGAAUAAAUUCCAAGACUUGGAACUUUCGGAAUUCCUGCGCUCGCUACGGUAUGUCGGUACUGCAGGUGCUGCGCUAGAUGCACAUUCUGCAACGCAUUUCCAAGCCAAGCUUCAUAGAGAUGCGCAGGUCUCGCAGCUGUGGGGUAUGACCGAAACUGGUGUUGCAUUUCAAAUGAGAUACGGUGAACGUGACAACACAGGAAGCAUCGGUCGCCUUCUAUCAAAUUACGAAGUUAAACUGAUAGAUACCAAUGGCAAUAGAAUAACUACAGACGACCUGCCGGGCGAGAUGUAUAUCCGUGGACCUGGACUUCUGACCAGCUACAAGGGCAUUCCCAUGGCGAAAGAGGAGGAUGGUUGGUUCCGUACCGGGGACAUUGUUUCUGUUAAUGAGGGGAAAUAUUAUAUUCUGGGGCGGUCUAAAGAGUUGAUCAAAGUCAGAGGAUGGCAGGUCUCGCCGGCCGAAAUUGAAGGAGUUCUGCUAAAACACCCUUUCGUCGACGAUGCUGCCGUGAUUGGUAUUCAACGGAGAAAUUCGCAAGGCCAUUUAGAAGACGAACUAGUCCGCGCUUUCGUAGUGCGUCGUACCGUUAACGGUGCUACAUCUGCUGAAAACAUCAGCGCCGAUUCGAUUUAUCAGUUUGCACGCAGCCAGCUCGUUAGCUACAAAUCUAUUACCGGUGGAAUAGUGUUUGUCCAGGAAAUUCCACGGACUCCGAGCGGCAAGAUUCAGAGGUAUAAGCUCGCCGAAAUGAAUGCCUAUCGUGAAUUGAUGUCGGGUCUCCUUUCGCAACAGAGUGAUCGGGCGUUGAAGAGCACCGUCAGAAAUUUGGGUUUGAUGUGUACGCCUAGUGAGCUAAUGUCGUGAUAAUAUCUUCUUCACUUUCGACACAUCGCAAAUCAACACAGCUUGGAGGUUAUUUCAAUGUCAUUUGUAAAGGCGAAGAUAUGGAAGCGGCGUCUCGG